AUGACUCAUUUAGGGGAUUUUGAUGACUAUGACUUCGAUUACUCAACUGUAAACAGUAUAAAUGAUCGGCAUUCAAAGCCUGAAGAAAUGCGAUUCAUAAAUCCAGCGAUUUACGUGGAGCCCUUGAAAACCGAUCAAGGAGAAUCGAUUAAAAGUCGUCGGAAAGUGAGUGGAAAAAUCAUUCAUGAAACCAGUGGAGAUGGCGCGGAAUUUUCCGUGGGUUUACCACAGCUUUCCCUCAACGAUAAUCCCCAAAUGUUGAAUGCUUGCCGCUCGCAAUCGACAAUGUCAUCGGUCACCCCAUCCCUGACUUCGGUGAGUCAGGGUAAAUCGACAGCGCGGGUUGAGCGUCGGUGCAUCAUUGAUGAGGGAAGUGAUGAGAGUUUAGAGAGUCCGGAGAUAAUCCAAAGAUACACCACAAACGGCGAAAGAGUCCAGAUAUCCGCGUCCCUGUCGACCUCGAACCUCUCGGCCCGCGAGUACUCCAGCAGAGUAUCCCUUCCCCGACAGCUGGCCCACGAGGAGUGGGUCCAGAAGAAGAAGCUCGAGUCCCUCCGACUCAAGAAAAAAUCUGAAAAAAUUGAACUGGAGAAAAAGGCCGAAGAGGAGAGGCUCUCGCGCGAGCGAGAGGAACGCGAACGCAGGGAGCACGAGAACUUCUUGGUGUGGACGAGGAGGAAAAAUCAGGAGGAAGCCAAGAAGCGUAAGCUAGCUGAAAAAGAACGAGAAUUGGCGGAGAAGUUGAAGCAAAUCGAAGAGAAAGCUGCUGUUGCCAAGGAGAUAUGUCUGCUUCAGUGGUCGCUCAAUAAAAAUAAAGCCCAGAAAGUUCAAAAAGAAGAGCAAGACCGGAAAUUGCGACAGCUUGAAGAGGAGAAGAAGAAAAGACUCGAGGAGAGUGUGAAAGCCUUCGAGGAAUGGCGAGAGAAGUCCAAGAACACCCCAAGACCUGCGACACAGGGACUCUUGCCUCAUCAGAAAGCAAAACCAGCUUACGUCAACCCCAUCCCGUGGAUCAGUGAAGACCCAACCCCCGAGUUACUAAAAAAUCCCCACGAAUUCACUAGGAACAUGAGGAGGAACGAAAUACAGCACUGA